AUGGAGAAUCCGCAACAAGAGCACUGGGUUGCAGUAAAGCGCAUCUUCCGCUACCUUCAAGGCACCAAGUCGCACGGGGUCUGCUACCAACCAAGCGACAAGAUUGAAUUUCGCGGAUACUCCGACGCGGACUGGGCCGGCGACCACGCGGAUCGCAAGUCGACUUCAGGCUACGUGUUCAUGCUGCUCGGCGCACCCAUCAUCUGGGGAAGCAAGAAACAGUCAAGCGUGUCGCUAUCGACGAGUGAAGCGGAAUACAUCGCGCUGAGUCUGACCAUCCAAGAAGGCAAGUGGAUCCAUCGCCUGCUAUGCGAGGUUCUGACGGCUGCCAACGAAGAAGGUCCAGAGCUUGUCAUCUUUGAAUACAACCAGUCGUGCAUCAAGAUGACGAAGAACCCAGUCAACCACGGCCGUGCCAAGCACAUCGACAUCAAGUACCACCACAUCCGUGAUGAAGUCAAGCGCGGCGAAGUGCAGCUUGAGUAUUGCGAGACGGCGACCAUGUUAGCGGACAUCAUGACGAAGGGACUACAUGGACCGCGCCACAAGGACUUGACGACGGCUCUCGGCAUCCGUGCGAGUUCGGAUUGA